AGUUGCAAAGAAUUGCAUUUUCCCAUCGCCACUUGCCCACUCGGCCGAGUUCACCGCCGCCGCCAGUCGUCCGGUCCGCUGUCCGCAGGCCGUCACAUCGCCUCUCUCUCUGCCAGGACCCUAGCUGCUCAUUGGUCGCCUGGUGUUUAUCCGCCUCUGCGUCGCCGCCUCUGGCCACCACUUCUCCAAUUGAAACCGGCGGAGUAAUGGCUGGUGCAGUUUCUGGAUGCAUAUUCUGUCAAAUCGCCGGUGCUUCCACAUCCACGGCUCUCCUUCACUCCGAUGAAAAAGUUUUAGCAUUUCAGGAUAUCAAUCCUUCAGCCUCCAGGCAUUACUUGGUGAUUCCAAAAGAGCACAUUCCUACGGUCAAAGAUCUUACCAAAUGCCAAGAUGACUAUGCCUUGGUUAGCCACAUGCUAGAUGUUGGGAAGAGUCUAUUAGGCAGAGAUGCACCUUCCAGCAAACAAUACAGGUUUGGGUUUCACCAGCCACCAUUGAACAGUGUUAAUCACCUUCAUCUUCACUGCUUAGCACUUCCUUACACUCCAAGAUGGAGAUGCCUAAAAUACACAUCUCUGGGGCCAUUUGGUGGAUUCAUUGAGGCUGAAAAAUUGUUGCAGAGAUUAAAGCUGUAAAUACUCUCAUACAUGAUGAAAUGUAUCAAUUGAUAUUUUGUACAAGUAAUAAUUCAGUAAAUCAUAA